AAAAGGCCAGGAUCAGCUGAUUGGCGUUUAAAAUGUACCGCGAAAUUCAAAAUACUGCAGUAUAGUGGUACGUUUCCAUGACGAAAGUAGGAAACGCAAGGUGUGUUAUGACAACAUGUAGGUAAUUGUGGUGGGACAUAGAUAGAAUAAUGGUAUAGUUUUGAUUAAAUAAUUACUUAUUUCCUUGAUAAGAUCUGGUAUAAAUAAUAGCUCGGGGUUUUAGUAAUCUAUUCAUAUCACUUUUGUAUGCCCUCGCAUUUUGAUUUGAAGCUUUUCGUAAAGAAAUUCGUCAAAAACCCAAAAGAUGUCUUCGUUAUCAGCUGAUCAAAAGAACGCUUUGGAUACGCAAGCUGUCAACAAUUUUAGAGAAUAUUUGCAAAUUCCGUCUGUCCACCCCGAUGUAGACUACGAACCUUGCAUUAAAUUUUUGGAAAAGCAAGCCAAAAGUUUGGGUCUGCCACAUCAGAUAAUAAAAAUCAAACCCAAUAAACCAAUUGUGAUAAUAACAUGGGUGGGCAAAGAACCCAAUGCGCCCAGCAUAUUGCUAAACAGCCACAUGGACGUCGUGCCUGUAUUCGAGGAAAAAUGGACCCACAAACCGUUCAGCGCUUACGUAGACGAAAAGGGGAACAUUUUCGCUAGGGGUUCGCAAGACAUGAAAAGCGUAGGUAUUCAGUAUUUGGAAGCAAUCCGAAGACUUAAACUACAGGGUGUUAGCAUAAGGAGAACGAUACACAUAAGUUUUGUGCCAGAUGAAGAAAUUGGCGGUGUUGAAGGAAUGAAAGCCUUUGUGGAUACGAACGAUUUUAAAAAUUUGAACGUCGGUUUUGCCUUAGAUGAAGGUAUAGCUAGUCCGAAUAAUGAAUAUCCCAUAUUUUAUGCUGAAAGAGUGAUAUGGCAAAUGCUGUUUCACAUACCCGGUCAUCCGGGACACGGUUCCUUGUUGCUGGAGAACACGGCCGGCGAAAAAGCUUCGUAUAUUUUGAACAAAUUGUACGAAUUCAGAAGGGGCGAACAACAAAAAUUGAAAGAAAAUCCUAAUUUAACCAUCGGAGAUGUUACCACCGUCAACUUGACGCAAAUACACGGGGGCGUUCAGACAAACGUCAUUCCACCCGAGUUCAUUCUGACCGUCGAUUGCCGUCUAGCAAUCACCGUCGACUUCAAAAAGUUCGAGGAAACUCUGAACCGGUGGUGCAAAGAAGCCGGCCAGGGUGUGUACAUCGAAUUCGAGCAGAAACAGAGCUUGGUCACGCCCACCAAAGUCGACAAUACCAACCCCUAUUGGGUGGCGUUCAAGGAAGCCGCUGAUGAACUCGGCCUGAAAUUAAAACAGCAAGUUUUUCCGGGCGGCACUGACAGUCGUUACAUCAGGACCGCCGGUAUACCGGCCGUCGGCUUUUCCCCCAUUUCCAACACGCCCGUUUUGCUGCACGACAACGACGAAUCGCUCAACACCGACGUGUUCCUGAAAGGGAUCGAAACAUAUUGCAAAAUCGUACCCAAAAUCGCUAACAUGGUCGACCGAACGGGUUAGGAGAGACGGUUAAGUCUCUGCAGAACCGCCACUUGUCGUAUAAUUGGUGACAUAUGUCAGAAAUGUCGCUGUCAAUUCUCGCUAAUUAAACCCUUCAAUUGUUAGUUUCUAAAUUGUAAUUUUUAGCUGUCAUUAGUUUGCAAUUACGUUUUUAAACGUUAUUAAGUCGUAAAGAGAAAUAUGUUGAAUUGGAUUCAAGACGCGUGACAUUUUUGACAGACGUCAUUAAUUAUUUGACAGCCUUUUCCCGUUUAUCGUGAACAAGUGGUCUUUAUGUGAUCGAAUAUCGACAAAGAUAAAAAAAAAGAUUUUUGAUAUAAGAUUUUUGGUAUUGUGUAUAUUUUAUCGAAUGUUUUGUUUUGAGAGGUCUAUUUGAGGUUGAAAUAAAUCAUGAAAAC